GUGGCAUGUGACCAGUAGUACUUCCGGUUUGCGGUCCACGUGUACUGAUUGAGCUGUCAGAGAGCACCUGAUCCUAUGGUGUUUCAGAGAAUUUGUCCAUAAACAUGAUCUCUGUGCUGCCCAGGCUGUAUCUUGGCAGUGCCACAGAUACAGAGAAUCCACAACAAUUGCAUGAAAAUGGCAUCACGCAUGUACUGACUGUGGACAGCGAGGCCCCAACGACAUUGGAUUCGUUCCAAACUAAAUUUGUGCGUUUGUUUGACGAGGCCUGCGCAGACCUUCUGAGUUGUUUGCCUGAAUGUUUAAACUUUGUGAAAGAAGCUCAUGAUGUAUCUGAAUCAUCCAUCCUUGUUCACUGCCAUGCGGGAGUGAGUCGUAGUGCUGCUAUAAUCACUGCCUAUAUGAUGAGCACUGAAAACCUUUCCUUUGAAGAUGCUUACGCAAGACUUCAGGCCAUCAAAACCAAUGUAAAAAUUAACGAUGAGUUCGUCAAGCAGUUGGAGCUGUUUGAAGCGAUGGGCUGUCAGGUGGAUAUGACAUGUUCAAUCUACAAACAAUAUCGAUUACAGAAAGUGACCGAGAAAUAUCCUGAAUUGCAAAAGCUGCCACGGGAAGUGUUUGCGUCUGACCCCAGCUCCCUCGGUCAAACUGCCGAGACUCUAUACCGAUGUAGAAAAUGCAGACGCUCAUUGUUUCGGGCCACCAGUAUCCUCAGCCACGUCGUAGGUGAUGGUCCUGCUGCAUUUGUUCAUAAGAAGUUGAAUUCAGCCACCUCCGCAUUAGACCUGAAGAAGUGUACUUCCUAUUUUGUGGAGCCUGUGCAGUGGAUGGAGGAGACUCUGCUGGGUGUAUUGGAUGGUCAGCUUCUUUGCCCAAAAUGUAGCUCCAAGCUUGGUUGCUUCAACUGGUAUGGUGAGCAGUGUUCAUGUGGCCGCUGGGUCACUCCGGCAUUCCAAGUGCAUAAAAACAGAGUGGAUGAGGUUAAGGCCGUGCAGAUCCGUGGCAUACAGACAUGAAAUCGAAAACAUUUAAUGGAGCAAAUCUUCUUGGAACUAAUGCACGGAGACGGAAAUGGACAUUUUUAGCCUUGGAGAUACUUAUGGGACUAUAUGCAGGCUUCUUCAGUUGUAUUUCAUUUUGGAAUUCGCUUAUCUUAUAAUGCAUUCUGUGACUGCAUGUUGGAGAGAGAGAUAAGUGCAGAGAGGUGGAUAUUGCAUCACCUGCAACAACAUAAAAAGUUUCCCAUAGCGGUUUCUUAACAUCCACUCUAAAUAAGCAGUACCUCUGCUAUAUAUAUUCUUACCUUAAUACACAUGUGCCGCAGGUGUAACUGAAGACUGUCUGCAUAUUAAUCUCAGAACGUCCUAAAUGUGUUAAUAAACACAAUCUGUAUUAGAGAUGCCCUCUGUAUGUUAAUGCUGGUCUCUGUUUAUAUUUGUCAAACUGUUAUUGCGAUUCCUUUGCCUUCUGUGGCAAUAUACUCCAUAACCAGACUUUUUAGUGACUUCUGAAGAUGCCAUGAAUUACUAGGACUGAAGUAUCCGAAAACAAGGCAACUUUCGGCACUCUAGAUGUUGUGGACUACAUCCCCCAUAAUGCUCUUACACCCAUAAUGCUGGCAAAGCAUCAUGGGAGGUGUGGUCCAAAACAUCUGGGUUGUCUAUGCCGGUUCUAGAUCAUCGGGUAUAGCCUUUCACACAUCUGUUUCUGCUUUUCUUCUAUUUAAGUUUUCACCUUCAAUACGAUCAACUUCCAAUUUUGCUGCAAAAAGGG